AUGACGCACUUGGAGCAAUUCCUCCAACAGUAUGCUAAUAGAGAGCACAUCGUGUGUGGAGAUCUUAACGGGUGGCACACUACAUGGGGAUCUGUAAGAAAUAACGAUAGAGGGAGGGAAAUACAUGACCUCGCUAUCAAAUUUGAUUUAAUUAGCUGCAAUAUAGGCAACGAACCCACGUUUGAGACAGAAAUAAAUAAACACGGCCAAAUCAGGCAUUCCAUAGUCGAUCUCACCCUGGCUACUCCACGCACAGCAAACAAUAUUUUGGACUGGAAGGUCAAUAAAGAAAUCAUUCCAUCAUCUGACCACCAUGGAAUUGAAUUUAAAAUCAAAUCGGAUAACAUACGUCACAAUAAGAAGAAAUCUACAUCAACAUAUAAAUAUCAGACUGACAAAACAAAUUGGGACAACUUCAAAACUAAACUUAAAGAGAAUUUUGAUGCUAGCAAUAUACUUGGGACUGACAUAGACGAACUGGACAACAAUGGACUUGACAACUAUAUAAAUGAAAUGACUAAUGUCAUUUUAAAAACUUGUGACGCAACGCUUACCCUUAAAAAACCCCAUCAAAAGAUUCCAUGGUGGACACAAGAAUUGACUGAUUUAAAGAAAAAGGUUAUAUCGCUGCAUCAUCGCCUACAAGACCUCAAACGGAGUAAAAAGGACAUAACUAACAUCUUAAAAGAACUCCACGAUGCAAGAGCAGAGUACUCCAACAAAAUAAGAACAACGUCGUCAGAUCACUUUAGAGAAUUCUGCAGUCGCCAGGGAAGGGAUGACGUAUGGUCUGUUACUAACCGCCUUUUAAAGAGCUCACCGCAACCGCAACCGCCUGCUACACUAAAAACAGAUAACGGAACAUACACUACGUCUAUCCUGGAUACUGCAGAAAGGCUCGCCGCAAAGUUCUUCCCAGAAGACACCGCUGCUGACGAUACUCUGCACCAUAUGCAUAUAAGAGAAACCGUUGCCAAUAAUAUAGUAAAUAACGAACCUGCAAUAAGAAAUAAUGAGCCACAAUUUACCACGCAAGAAGUGUUGGACAUAAUAAAAAACAUGAGCCCUAAAAGGGCACCAGGAAUUGACCACCUCACUGCGGACAUCUGCAAGCAAUCUAUCGAAUGCUACGCUGAAACCAUAACCAAAAGAACAGCGUUCCACCACGGAUGCCCUCAAUGA